GAAUUUGACUUGACAGUUCGUCGCGUCCUAACAGCUGUUUUACCAAUUGCCUCGAAAAAGCACGAUUUUAAAAUCGGUUGAGCUGUAUGCACGUGUUGGAGAGUUAUUUUGAAAAAAGUAUAGUUCAUGUUUAAUAAGUGAUUAAAAUGGAAGAAGAAGUCGGUAUAAAAGUGACAAGGCUUAGGAGAAGGUUGUCUGUUGAUGCUGAUGAUGUUUUGUCACCCUCCUCACAGUCAACACCAACAAAGAAGAGGAGUGGAAGACUUGCAGCUAAGCCACAGUUGGAACUCAUUGAUGAAAAUGUACCAGACCUUGUUCCAAACAAGACAACCAAAGCCAUAGCCGCAGAAGAAAAAGUACUCACACCAGCAAGACGCAGCCAAAGGAUUCGUUCUAACACAAGCAUUCUGUCGGAGACACCAGAAAUUGAAGAGAAGAGUACUCCAGCAAGGCGUACAACCAGAGUCAAGUCUAAUACCAGUCUUGUAGCAGAGGUGACAAGUACUACCACACCAAGAGCUAAGAGAGCAGCAAGGAGGAAUUCUCAAAUAGGCAGUGACAAUGAAGCCCCUAUUACUCCCGUCAGACAGACUCGAAGAACUCGGAAAGACUCCACAUCCAGUGUGGACAAAACAGCUGACAAAGGCAGCCAAAUCAAAGAAGCCAUUGUUGAAGAAACAGAAAACUCGGACAAUAACAAAAAGGAUUCACCCAUCAGGAAGAGUCCCAGAUUGAGUGAAAAGGCUCUUAGCAAGGCACAGCCAGUGGUUCAAAUAGAAAAACUUGACUUAACAAGCAAGACUGAUACAUCAAUGACACAAAAGGAAAACAAGGAAACAAUGAAGGCAGUAGAAGAAAAGCCAUCUGAAAACAACAACCUUUCAAUUACCAGUUCUAAAUUGAUUAAAGACUUAGAUGAUGCACCCAAAAAAGCCAAAAACGACAUGAAUAAGAGUGCCAAUGCUUUAUAUGACGAAGCCUUACCUAAACCCAGAAGGAGCAGAACUAAAUCAUGGACAACUAUAUCCGUAGAACCUUCACAUGACAACAAUUUCAAUAGUGACAGUGAAGUAUUUAAAAAGGACAGCAAAAAGAAAAAUAAUACACUUAAUACCUCCAAUAUGUCUGGUUCUGGAGAUGGUAUUAUGAACACAAGUAACAAACAGAAUGAAGAUGUUAACACUUCAGUACUUUCAGAUAAGAAAAACAAGAAGCGUCAGGAAAAAUCCUUGAUCAUGGAUACUGAAACCACAGAUCCAGUUUUAAGUGAAUCACCUAAACUAAAAAAGUCAGAAGUUAUAUCUGAAGAUUCGUCAGAUUCCAAAAAGGAUAAAAAAGAGCGUAAAAGUUUAAAUACGUCUAAAGAAGAUACUGUAACUGAGAAACUGUUCCAACAACCACCUACUGGCCUUAUCACAUCUUUAGUAUUCAUUGACGACUCUGACUCAAAUCAUGAGAGUGUUGGCAAAGGAAAUACAGAGAAGGACUUUGACAGUGGAGAUCAAUGCGUACCAGUUGUUGACCAUGGCUUAGGAUCCAACGAAACUAAAGAAGCCGCAAAUAACUUGAGCUACGAACCAAUGGAUGUUGAUGAAACUCUACCUGAAAAUAUAUCUCUAUCGACUUUCGCACAGAAGAAUAAUUCAGUUAAACUCGAUGACAAGGAAAAUGAAUCACAAAAACGGAAGUCAUUAAAUAUUUCUCAAAUUAAAGACAACAGUUUGUUGAAUUCUAAAAGAAAGUCAUCUAUUUCCAAUGUAGUUUCGGAAGAUACUCUUGAUGGCACUAACUUGCCAAGUCGAAGAUCUUUGGAUAAGAGCUCAGUAAAUAAUAGCUACACUAACAAUUCUAAACGAAAUUCUUCUGUUUUUAAUGUCUCAACCAUAGACUUGAAACAUAACAUUGAAAGUAAUGUCAAAAGAUCUAAAACUAAGUCUUUGACUGCUGAGGAAGUUAAAGACGUGAUCAUGGAGGAAAUAACCAAUAAAUCAAAUAGAAGGCCUUCAUUAUUAGAAGAUAGCAUUAAAAAUUCUAGCACAACGUCAGCCGGAGCCCUCGUUAUUGAUGAAUCUGUUAAUACGAGCCUUAACAAAUCUAAAAACAAAAACUCAGUAUCUGCAAUAGUUGCUGAAACUGAGAAAAGAAAGUCUUCAAACUCAGACUCGGUUAAUGUUGAUGAUGUAAUGAAUAAAAGUGAAAAUAAAUCUAAAGAUAAAUCAUCAAUUUUAAAUGAAGUAAAUGAUGAUUCUGCAGAUAAAAGUCUCAGUAAGUCGAAAAGAAAAUCUUCAAUAGGACAAGAAAAUCAUGAUAAGACUGACAAUGCCAACAAAAGCACCUUAGUGUUGUCUCAGUUAAAAGACUUAUCUCAAAGCGAAUUAAAUGCUGAAACUAACAACCUUAAAGAAUCUAAUGAUACCACAGCAAAAUUAUCAAAAUCCGUUAAUACUCCAAAUGUAACAUUAGAUAAAGACUCUGAUAAGAAGAAUUUAUCACUAACAUAUUUGACAAGCACACCUUUACAGCAGAAGUCGUUGAAAAAGUUGGGCAUGCAGAUCAAUAGUUCAAUAAUCACACCAAGCAGUACAACUAAAAUAGAGAAGAAGAAUACUACGAAAAGCUCUACAAAAGAAGCUUCUAUCAUGUCGCAAGAUUCAUCUGAAGAUGAUGAGUCUGAAGAAGAUGAUGACUCAGAAGCAUCUGAAGAAGAAGAAGAAUCAUCUUUAGAAAAAAGCAACUUGAUGGACGAUGAGGCCGAAGAAGCAGGUGAGGGUUACGAAUCAGGAGACAGCAGAGAUGAAGACGAAAAGGAAUACGAGGAACAAAACGAGAUUGCAAUUAAAGGUGAAACUCUAGACUCUGAUGACGAAGAAGAAUACUCAGACGAUGAAUACGAAAAGGAUUCAUUCAUAGUUAGCUCGGAUGAGGAAGAUAAUGAUCUACUUAGCGGAUCAGGCGAUGACCUUGAUAUGAGCGAUAAUGAACUGAAAAUGACCUCAAAAUCUAAAAAGAAAUACAACGAACGUAAGUCCAAAGAACAAAAGAAGGCUUCUAGAGAAAUGUUUGAAGCGAGACAUCAGCUGGAUGAUAAAACUGGUUCUAAAAAGAAAAAUAAUCGUCAACGUUUAGACUCGACUUCCUCUGAAUCUGAUGACGAAGUAAAAACACAGCCGAAGCAAAGGCGUCAAAGAAUUGAUUCUAGUCAAGACAGAAGCAAUGUGCAGUCUGAUGCUGACAAGUCUUUAACCAAGAAGAAGACACCAAGACUAAUGUCAGUGUCCUUUUGUGAAGAUAAUGAAAAAGAAACAACCAUUCGUGAAGAUGCUGAAUCAGAGGAGAAGAGCAAAGGGCGUGAAAACAAAUCUAGUCAAGAAGAUAUCAGCAAUGCUCAGUCUGAAGCCGAUAAAUCUAUCUCAAAGAAAAAGAUAGCCAGGCGCAUGUCAGUUUCCAUUUGCGAAGAUGACGAAAAGGAAAAGUCUGUUACCGAAGUCUUUGGAACCGAACCAAGAAACAAAAAGCUUCCUCUAGAUAACAGUCAAAAUGUAAGCAAUGUCCAGUCUGACCCGGAAAAGACUUUAUCCAGUAAAAAGAAAAAGAUAAAUAGACGUAUGUCUGUUUCCAUAAGCGAAGAUGUUGAAACGAAUGAGGAAGAAAUCACUAUUCGUGAAGAAGCUGAACCAGGCAAAGAUGACCCAUUAGCAUUGCAGCAUGCUAUUAAAACAGAACCAAAGACUCCUCAGAAAGAUUUAAAUAUUUCAACUGUAGCAGUUACCAGUGUUGAUGACGCGGAACAAGUCAAUGUUGACGAAAAUGUGACAAUCUUGGAAUCUAAUCAAACAUCAGACCCAUUACAAACCACUGAUAGCGAAGAUUCUCUCAGUGAAAAUGAAGAAAUAACUGAAAACUAUGAAUCUAUGCUUAACAAUUUAAACAAUAUUACCUCAAAGAAAAAUAAAACUCAGGACAUCUCCUUGAAUUUAGACAAAAAGACAAAACAGAAGAAGAACAAAGAACCUAUUGUAGAUCAACUGAAUCUAACUCAAGUUAAAAAAUCAAAGAAAAAGAAUGCAACUGUUGUGGAUGAACAACCUAAAGUCGAGGAGGGUAAAAAUACUGAGAAAGAAAAGCAAGUAUUAGUAUUUUCCGAAGGUUCGUCGGAUUCUAUUGACAUGAAGUUAUUGUUCCCUGAAGACAGCAAUGACAGUGAAGCUAUAGGCGUAAACAAGAACGAGCAAGCCAAGGAUAGCAAGAAAACAGACGAAAACACCGAAGUUCCUGAUGAUUUCAUACCAUUGAAGAGAACUGAAGGCAAAACAAACAUUCUUGAGAAUUCAGAAACCAUUAACAAGUCUGUGGAUGAAUCAGUGUUGAAUGUGAGCAGUAAGAAGAAAAAUAAGCGCAAAUCAGCACAGACUGUGGAAAAUGAGGAUAUCAUGAAUGAGCAGGAGACAAAUUUGAAUUUCUUUAUUGAUACAACUGGGGAUCUUGCUGACAGUGAAAAGAAUGAUGCUAACACUUCUAUAAAGAGCAGUGCCAAAAAGAAAAAACAGAAGAAUAACGUCUCCUUUGUUAAUAUUGAGAGGAAAAAACCUGGCCAUGAAUCUGAUGAUGCACCACUCGAAGUUUCGUACCAAAGCAACAGGAACACAACUCAAAUUGAAGAGGAACCUGCAACUGAAAUUCUAAACGAAACUAACGCAGCUGACAAGUCAAACACUUCGAUCACAGAAGGCAGUGCUAAGAAGAAGAAGAAAUUGUUGGAAUCUCAAGUGGAGCAGGAAAAAGAGGGCGAUACAAACGUUUUAGUUCAAAAUGUGUCAAUAGGCAGUGCUAAAAAGCAGAAACAGAAAACAGCUGAUGAGAAUUCUGGAGUGGAAGCUACUGAAGACUCGACUUCCUCUGAAUCUGAUGACGAAGUAAAAACACAGCCGAAGCAAAGGCGUCAAAGAAUUGAUUCUAGUCAAGACAGAAGCAAUGUGCAGUCUGAUGCUGACAAGUCUUUAACCAAGAAGAAGACACCAAGACUAAUGUCAGUGUCCUUUUGUGAAGAUAAUGAAAAAGAAACAACCAUUCGUGAAGAUGCUGAAUCAGAGGAGAAGAGCAAAGGGCGUGAAAACAAAUCUAGUCAAGAAGAUAUCAGCAAUGCUCAGUCUGAAGCCGAUAAAUCUAUCUCAAAGAAAAAGAUAGCCAGGCGCAUGUCAGUUUCCAUUUGCGAAGAUGACGAAAAGGAAAACGAAGAUGUUGAAACGAAUGAGGAAGAAAUCACUAUUCGUGAAGAAGCUGAACCAGGCAAAGAUGACCCAUUAGCAUUGCAGCAUGCUAUUAAAACAGAACCAAAGACUCCUCAGAAAGAUUUAAAUAUUUCAACUGUAGCAGUUACCAGUGUUGAUGACGCGGAACAAACAAAAGACAAACAGAAGAAGAACAAAGAACCUAUUGUAGAUCAACUGAAUCUAACUCAAGUUAAAAAAUCAAAGAAAAAGAAUGCAACUGUUGUGGAUGAACAACCUAAAGUCGAGGAGGGUAAAAAUACUGAGAAAGAAAAGCAAGUAUUAGUAUUUUCCGAAGAAACAAGAACGAGCAAGCCAAGGAUAGCAAGAAAACAGACGAAAAACACCGAAGUUCCUGAUGAUUUCAUACCAUUGAAGAGAACUGAAGGCAAAACAAACAUUCUUGAGAAUUCAGAAACCAUUAACAAGUCUGUGGAUGAAUCAGUGUUGAAUGUGAGCAGUAAGAAGAAAAAUAAGCGCAAAUCAGCACAGACUGUGGAAAAUGAGGAUAUCAUGAAUGAGCAGGAGACAAAUUUGAAUUUCUUUAUUGAUACAACUGGGGAUCUUGCUGACAGUGAAAAGAAUGAUGCUAACACUUCUAUAAAGAGCAGUGCCAAAAAGAAAAAACAGAAGAAUAACGUCUCCUUUGUUAAUAUUGAAGAGGAAAAACCUGGCCAUGAAUCUGAUGAUGCACCACUCGAAGUUUCGUACCAAAGCAACAGGAACACAACUCAAAUUGAAGAGGAACCUGCAACUGAAAUUCUAAACGAAAGUGCCAAAAAGAAGAAGAAAAAAAAUAAGAAGGGAUUGAAUUCGUCUGUAGUUGAAGAAAUCAGCUUAUUUGGACAAAAAGCUAACGCAGCUGACAAGUCAAACACUUCGAUCACAGAAGGCAGUGCUAAGAAGAAGAAGAAAUUGUUGGAAUCUCAAGUGGAGCAGGAAAAAGAGGGCGAUACAAACGUUUUAGUUCAAAAUGUGUCAAUAGGCAGUGCUAAAAAGCAGAAACAGAAAACAGCUGAUGAGAAUUCUGGAGUGGAAGCUACUGAAGAAGGCAACAACUUAAACAAUGAAGAUACGUCAAAGAAACGCAAACGUAAAUCAUCCGCGAAUCAAACCAUAGAAGACAUUGUUGUUGAAAGUGAGCUAAAACUCGAUACUUCUAAGGACUCCACUGCUAAACAGAAGAAGAAGAAAAGGAAAAUAUCACAAACUAAUGACGACACUGAAAAAACUGAUGUUCAAGAAAUAGUAAAGGAAUCUCAAGAUCAAUCUGAUGUUAAAAAUAGCAAGAAGAAAAAUCAACCACUACUUCAAGAUAUUGAAAAUGGUGAGAAAGGAGCCAAGAAGAAAAAUAAAAAGCGAAAAGAGAGAGAUGAUGAUGAAUGCAGUAACAUUUCAAAGAUUCAUAAACAAAAUUCCUUUGACAAGGUGCAUGUUCCUCGGUUACCAACAGAUGUUCUACAACAAUUAGAAGAUAAACCUAAACUAGAGACUCUCGAUGCAGAGAAACCAAAAGUCAUUGCUACAUCAUCAUUUUUAGUAGAACAAACUAAGAAGAGAAGAGCUAAACCUUCAAACUAUUUGGAAGAAAGUGUUUAUUUGAAUGACUCUGUAGAAGAGAAAAAGCAAAGAGGUUUAGUGAAAAACCCAAAAGUUCUGCCAUUCAUACCGACAGCUUCAACAUCGCAUACUGGUUUUACCACCAAGUUUGAAGUCAACAUUAUACCUCAAACAACGCAAUUUGUCGCUCAGUCUAGUGAAGUGCCUAAUUUUAAAAAUGAUUAUCUCUCCAAAAAGAGAAUAAAAAAAUUAGGCACCUUUGAAAAGUGUAAAAGACUAAGGAGUGUCAAACUUUCUAAAUUUUAACAAUAAUAUUUUGAUGAACUAAUUGCUACGGUACCGCCUCAAUACUAUUCCAGUGUUAAUUUAGUAUAUAGGCUUUGUUUUAAUUGUACUCAUUUGUUUCAAUCUUUCAAUAAUUUUUAUCUUAAUUAUUAUGUCUUCUAGAAACAUGUUAUUGUUACAAAAUUGAAAAAAAAAAGAGUCAGUGUUUGGCUAUGAAAUUAAAAAUAAAGUUUUUCAUGUUUGAAGAUUUUGAACUAAUGUUGAAUGUUGACAAUUGUGUUUAGCAUGAUUAUUUUUUUCUCGUCUUGUGUCAUAUCUUUUAAAAAAUAUACAUUUUGUGUUAUGUAAUUAGCUUUUAAGAUGCCUGGAAUCAAAGCUUUGUGUAAUUUACUGCACAAAACAUUAUGGAAGGCUAUGAUACAAGGCAUUUACAUUGUUGAUACUUUUCUUUAUGAUGCCGUAUCUGUUGUAUUAAAUUUUUUCUAUGACUAUAAAUAUUUUAAAGUAUCAAUAAUAUCAAAGAAAUGAUUUCUACGUUUUAUGACAAGUGUUUGUAAUAUUUUGUUUCUUUUGAUUUUCGCGCCACUUAUUGCAAACUUUUCGAAAAUGGCCACUAGAGAGCGCUGGCGUCUAAAAAAAGUGGUAUCGCCCAUGUGUCUUGAGUUUUCAAUUAUAUUUACUUAACUUUUGACAUUUUAUUAUUUUCUUCAAUAAAAAUAUACUUUCCAAUGA